CUUUUAAUCCAGAGGGCCACACCCCCCACUACAAAAGAUCACACAAAAAAGUUGCAUCACGAGAGAGAAGGACGCCUCUGUCUGGCACGAAACUCUUCGUCCAAAGUCCGAUUUCUUGCCGUCCAGACCACAUUGUAGUGCCAUCCGAGACAUCCAAGUCACCGAGACUCAACUUCCUUUGACUUCAGGACGCGAUUUUGUCGACUGGAAAGAUGGGCAAAAGUGAAGGAGGUCCUCCGCCUCAGGCUCCCCCGAGCUACUUCCAGGCCACUGGAGGGGUUCCACCUGCGAGUCCUUUCACCCCAGGUCCGGUUCCUGGAACUCACCAUGCCCACCAAGCGCAACAACGAGGCCCGACCAUUGUCACAACCGUCGUGCCGGUGGGUCCGCACCCGACUCACAUGAUCUGCCCCAGUUGCCAUGCAGAAAUGGACUCUGCCACUGAAACCAAACCCGGACCCAUUGCCUACAUUUCUGGAAUUUUGAUUGCUCUCUUCGGCUGCUGGUGCGGAUGCUGUCUGAUCCCUUGCUGCAUCGAUGAGUGCAUGGAUGUGCACCACACUUGCCCCAACUGCAAGGCCUACCUAGGCAGGUUCCGCAGAUAAGAUAAUCGGCCAUGCACCACUGCAAUAAUCGAUCAUGACUUUUUACAAAUUGUUUAUAAUCCGAGUUUUCCAAAUAUUUUAUUAAACGGUAUUUAAUAUAUUGAAAAGGAAUUAUCUAUCAUCUAUUUAAAAGUUUAAAAAUUUUAGAUCACCCUCAAUGUUAGAAUUAGAAAUCUCACUUGUCCAUCUUCAGAGCAAACAGUUUUGCAUUUUUAUUAAUAACGGAAGCACAAUUUUUUAAAUACAUCAAAUCAAAAGUGCAAAAUCUGUAGCUAAAUUAUAUUAUUGUGUUGACUGAAAUUUUCCCCUAACACCUGAGCCCUUUUUUGGCCCUUUUUUAUAUUGAUUGUAUAAUUUCCAUUAAUUUUUAACGCUUAAGGAAUUAAUGUGCCUGACUAACAUGUGCUUUUCAGAGAAGAUGUAUAAUGUAUAUAUCUGAGUAACUUGUCUAUUGACCUUUUAUAUAGAAGCUAUAUUAUAUCUAUAAAAUUGCAAAAGAAUAAAAUGUUUGGAGUGCAGCUGAAAGAACAAAAUUAAACAGCAUUUAG